AUGGACCCACCCUCACGGCACGUGAUAUGGAAAUAUGAUUAUCCGGCAUUGAAUAAGCGUUCUGUUAUAGUUGGGAGCCUGAGUAACGGGAUGUACGAACCGUUGCGUCUUGUAUCCGACACAUACCCUGGCGUUGUAUCUGGAGUGAAAGUCCAGGGCGCCACGGCACUUUUUAUCGCGGUGUCUAUUCUCUGGGCACUGAUAUGGCUCUCAUAUCGUGCCUACCAGGUCUGCUUGACCCCAAAUGAUGUUCUGGUAGAUAAAUUGGGCUUGGAUAUUCCACCGCCGCCAGAGGUGACCUUGGAGGAGAUCGGCAGUCGCGAUAUCCGUAUCGCCUGGAAAUACCCCGAUUCGCAUAAUUCGAUUCAUAAGCAUAUAAUUCAAGUGAAUGGAGUCAGAGUUGGCGAAUCGAAACGCUCGGAAACUGCUGUGUCUGUCUCGAAUCUAUUAUCCGGACAUAUCUACCAUAUUUGUGUUAUUGCAAUAAGUGCCGCCAAUUUUCAAACGUCCAGUGCUGUUCUUCAUGUCCGGACAAAUUAUGAUGAUUCCCAAGGCGAAAAUGGUGUUUGCGGCGGACCGUAUAUACAGGCAUACGCGCCUCGGCCUUCCAUCCUUACAUCACCUUCGGCUCCAGUGAUGACCCGGGAACAUAGUUCUGGUCCUCUACAAGGCAAACGAUCCGUGGCUGGAAGGAAAGGGCCUCUAUCCGCCUCAGUCACUGACUACAAUACGUCACAUGUAACUAGCGAUGAUGGUAAAGGGAGUAGCCUCGAGGACUCUGAAGAGACUGUUGAACGACUUGCAGAGCAACUGAAGAAUAUGCAACAGGAAAACGAUACACUAGACCGCCAGAUCUGCCAAGAGGAGAAAGAGUAUGAAUUGUCUUUGGGAGAGCUUGAGGACCGGCGAGAUGAGUUGCGACAACGUGUUAAAGAGAAAGACGAAGCCAGUGGCGACCUUCGUAAACAUAUCAACAAACUUGAAAGCCUCAAUCGCAGCGCUCAAAGCGAACGGAGUAAGCGCGAGAAGCAACUUCAACAGAAAGAAGCUGAGAAGAAUAAGCGCGCCGAUGAUAUCGCACGUUGGGAUGCAGGGGUUUCAGAAAUGAGAAGCGCUGCGGAAAGGCUGCAAGGUGAGAAAGCAGAAAUUGAGAAGCAAUCGGCAAAACGGCUCGCGGAGUAUCGCAGUAAAAUUCGUGACGAACAAACGGGAAUGAAAGCCCUGGAAGAAGACAUCAAAGUCAAGGGAGGUCGUAUCAAGCUUCUAGAAGAGGAGAGGCGGCGACUUGAGGGAGGGGAUAAUGAAGAGACGAAAGAGCUAGACCGUUUGGAACGAGAACGAGAUUGUCGCUGGGAGAUCAAGAUGGCCAACCUGCGGGCUCAGUAUACGUCUUUGAUCAAUGUGCAUACUCAGGCCCAGCAACAAUACUACGAAGCUCAGGAACGCCUAAAAUGGAUCACCUCCCAGCGACCGAGUACAACACUGCCUUACGUUCCGAUCCCAGCCCUAGAUUUUGAUACUGCCCGGAGAGCGAACACGUACCGUCGUAGCCGUCAUCGCAGCUCCCUGACGAGUAAUGUCUCUUCUCCUGUUAGCUAUUCCAUUGCGGAAUCAACAUUUCAGGGUUCUAAUUCUUAUCGCCAACUGGGCACUGCCUCUCCUACCGUUCCCCCAACGUCUGCAUUUUUUAAUAUAAAUAACGGAAUGACCAUCCCUGACCCUGCAGACCAGCUGAGCCCCAUUCGUACUGAACCGAGUAACCCUCCUAUGAGCCCACGAGCCGAUGCCCUGCUCCCAUCUGAUUUGCUCGGAGACGAAGAUCAACCUCCUUCGUCUCCACAAGAAACCACUGAAUUUCCUACAUUGCCCGUUUCAGCAGCUGCACCUUUUCAGGGCCUCCAAAAUUCACCAUCUCCAGCCUCCUCCGGGAGCCAUCCCCCUAGUCUUUUUACAAGCCCGCGGGAAAGCAUCAUUAACCUACCUGAAAGCGAACAUAAAUCAAUGCAAACAGCAGAGUCACAAGUGUCACCAGACGCGGCACAAAGCGCUUCGCGAAAACUGUCAGGGUUGUUUGGCUUUCAUAGACAACGAGGACGGACCAUGGCUGACGGCCCUAUGCUGGGCUCCCUUAAACCUGGGCAAAGCCAAUCCUUUCCUCGCAACAUGGACCUAGAAGAUCUUGAUCCUAUUGGAACCCGUCGCCGACGUUUGAGCUAUACAGGGGGCUGGGCAAAUCCAAUGGCCACUCUCUUCCCUCGUUCGUCAACAACGCAUGUUACAGCUGAUAGCUCUUCAGAUCGUUUACCUGCUUCACGUCGAGCCAUGUUCCCAAGCUUCUUCACAACCGGAAAAGCCUCAAAUGCUUCCUCUGAUAUGCUGGAGAACACAGACCCCAAAAUUGGCUAUAACCAAUUUAGCCCAAGGCAUGAUCCUAUAAACCCAUCGAUACUCGGGACUGUACGACGGGACUCCCUUUCUCCCAGACCAGCAUCUACAUAUUCCUUUGACACGCUUCUCCCUCGGCCCACGUCGGAUGUGCCACCAUUUGGAUGGCCACCACCAGACAUACACCGGAAUGGGCCUCUUAAUGUUGACUGGUCCACCACUGGGGGCGCGUGGUCGCGAAGUCAAUCACGCCGCCCUUCAUUCCAACUAGGGUCAUCAAGUCAUCUCCCCCCUGCUUUUCCUUCUGAUAUCAAUUUUAUCGACCAACCCUACGAGCCACAGCGACCAAUACAAGCCCCAAUAGGGACUCGUCCCCCAUCAUCACAUCGUCCGAUGACCCCGAAGCUGAACCCUGCCGCCCCUUCUUUCAAAACUCUGUUUGGUAAAAAAUCCGAACGGUCAAAAGCCAAAGACACGGAUACUCCCAAAUCUCAUGAUGAGGCACAAUUUGAAAACACCUCCCCUACCGAGUCCCGACAAUCAAAGGAUACACGGUCCAUUCGAACGUCAGCUGCCGAAUCCCGUGAAUCACUAGAGCGCAUCUCUUCCAGUACACCCUCGGACGUAAUUAAUUCGAAGGAAUCCUUUAUUCAAAAAAUCACACGCAAGGGCAGUUCUAGCAAAUUUAAUAUGCCUUGGAAGGACCGGGCGAGUUUGUUUUCCAAAAAAGGCGAAGCUGCUGGGCAGGCUGAUAUUGACGAUGACGGUGCGAAUGAGGCUCAACUUGGGAAAAGCGUUGAUAGCGCUGCUUCAAAUACGCCAUCCGUCGAGAAGCUAAAUAAGAGCGGAUUUAACCUUAGUUUCAGGCGUAAAUCAAAAAAACCAGACAAGACGAGUGAGUAUAAUGAGAAAAUGAGCGAGGCCGGCGACGAAGAUGUUUUCGAAGAAGCGUGA